AUGCAUGAUGCAAUUGAUCAUUAUCGUGUACUUGAUACUUCCAUGGUGAUGUUCGAUGAAAACGUUCAUACGGUUGAUGAACAUGCGAAGGAACUUCUUGAAGAGCAUACCGCCAUCUCGACCGAUGAAGUAGUUCCUGUUACGGUGGCGGGUGAUGGCGAUUGUUUAUUCCAUUCGCUGCAAACGUUUUAUCCGACGAUGUCGAUAAAUGAGUUGCGUGCUCGCUGUAUUGAUGAAUUAUGUACACACGAACAGUACUAUGAAACUAUAAAGACUGAAAUGGGCUUGGAUAUCGUUGAUGACGAGUCUGUUCAAAAUCAUGUAUUACGAAUUAUUAAUAAUCAACAAUAUACUGGUGUACUAACAUUUGCGGCGUUGUCUACAGUUAUUGGACAACCGAUAGAAUCAAUAUAUCCUAGUGUCAAUGAGAAUGAUGCUUAUUGUGAAGUAUUAAACACAGUUUUUAUUCCGCGAAAUAAACAAUUAUCAUCGUCUGAAACUCCAACUCGUAUAAUGUGGCCAGGUCCCGAAAAGGAGGUAGAUAUAAUUAGCUAA